AUGGCCCCCACCCCCAGCUCCUUUCCAGACCGUCUGUUCUUUGUGAUGGAGUAUGUAAAUGGAGGAGACCUGAUGUUUCAGAUCCAGCGCUCCAGGAAGUUUGACGAGACGCGCUCUCGCUUCUAUGCCGCCGAAGUCACUUCUGCCCUCAUGUUCCUUCACCAACAUGGAGUAAUCUACAGAGAUCUGAAACUGGAUAACAUUCUGCUGGAUGCACAGGGCCACUGUAAACUGGCUGACUUUGGCAUGUGUAAGGAGGGGAUCCUCAAUGGAGUCACCACCACCACCUUCUGUGGAACCCCAGACUACAUCGCUCCAGAGAUCCUACAGGAGCUGGAAUAUGGCCCCUCUGUGGACUGGUGGGCUCUGGGGGUGCUUAUGUACGAGAUGAUGGCUGGCCAGCCCCCCUUUGAGGCCGACAAUGAGGAUGACCUGUUUGAGUCCAUUCUCCACGAUGAUGUCCUCUACCCAGUGUGGCUAAGCAAGGAGGCCGUCUCCAUCCUCAAAGCGUUCAUGACGAAGAGUCCAAACAAGCGUCUGGGCUGUGUGAUCACCCAGGGCUUGGAGGAGGCCAUCAAGGUUCAUCCCUUCUUCAAGGAGAUGGACUGGGUUCUGCUGGAGCAGAAGAGGGUCAAACCACCCUUCAAACCUCGCAUUAAAACCAAAAGGGACGUGAACAACUUUGACCAGGACUUCACCCGCGAGGAGCCUGUCCUCACCCCUGUAGAAGACGCCAUUAUUAAGCAGAUCAACCAAGACGAGUUCAAGGGUUUCUCCUACUUUGGAGGGGAGGAGAAUCUGUCCUAAGGCCUGCACACACACCAGACACACAUACAUGCAGGACCACUUGACAUACACACACAUUUGCGAACACACAUACAAACAUACAUACAUGCAAACCAAUGCAUUUUCUCCCAUGCAGACAUACAGAAUUAUAAAAUACACACAGAGUAAAUUAUUACUUUCACACACUCAUUUAAAACUCCGGCCAUUAGGGCCUCAGAUUAGUACCAAGUUCAAAACCUAAACCAGACCAUCUACAGCGCUCUACCAGUAUAUCUGUCUGUAUGUGUCUGUCCAUCAGUGCAUGUUUUCUGGUCCAGAUCAGAGUGGUGGAUCAAACCAAACUCCUUGUGGUGGAGGGUGGCCCUAGGAUUAGCCCCCUGACACUGAAUAUAGCCUGGCCCUUGCCCCCCUGGCCCGGGCUGAUAACAGUGAUGAAAGCUCCUCACAGUCCAGCCCCAAAUGGUCACAAGGCCCUUUCCAGUGGACUAUGAAAUGUACAGGGAAUGUUUGUGUGACGGUGUCAACUUUUUGUGUAUAUAAGGAUUUAAAGGUCAGGGGUUAUGUGUGCUUUGGGCAGGGGUCUUGUUCGACAUGGUCUCCUUACGAUAUGUCAGACUUUCAACUGUUUUGUCAACCAUCCUAGUUCCUUAGUGAGUAUAUGAUACUGAAAUAAUUAUAUUAUUAUAUGAAUCUGUAAUUUCUUAAGCUGUCCUGUAAGUCUCUCAAUGUACUAGAAUGUCCUCCUUCUCUGCCAUGUUUAAACUGGAUGUACUAGAAUGUCCUCCUCCUCUGCCAUGUUUAAACUGGAUGUACUAGAAUGUCCUCCUCCUCUGCCAUGUUUAAACUGGGUGUACUAGAAUGUCCUCCUCCUCUGCCAUGUUUAAACUGGCUGUACUAGAAUGUCCUCCUCCUCUGCCAUGUUUAAACUGGAUGUACUAGAAUGUCCUCCUCCUCUGCCAUGUUUAAACUGGAUGUACUAGAAUGUCUUCCUCCUCUGCCAUGUUUAAACUGGAUGUACUAGAAUGUCCUCCUCUACCAUGUUUAAAUGCAAAAAAACGAAUCCAUAGAACCAAUGAUUGUAUUUAAAAAAGCUAAAACCAAUUGGUUCACAGUGUCAAUAAGUUUCAAAGUUUCCUCAAGAUCAGAAUGACGGCAGAAUUAGAACAAGUCCAUGUACAUGAAAUGCCUGUUGUGUGUAGCUGCAGAUCAGUUACGUAUUGUAGAUAUGCCCACAGUGUUAUGGUAGUCUAGCUUCAUGUGUUCCAAAUGAAUGUCAUGGGUUUCAAUGUGAACGAAUGUGCUUGUAUGCAUGAGUGAUGGUGGGGAUGCAACUGAAUGUAUUUUUUGUGUUUGUUUUUGUUUUUGUGUGUGUGUGUCAGUAAGUAUACUGCACGUACGCUAGUUUGUGCGAGUCUGUUUGUGCGUGUGCGACAUAGGCAGUGGGUUCAUGAGAAGGGCCCUCUUGAAGCUUUAACAUUUCAUUGUGUCUGUUUUAUUUCAUUGUGUGUUUUAUUUCAUUUUGUGUUUUAUUUGUCGUGAUUUUACUGGAUUGUCUUGUUGCUCAGUGUCUGAAAUCCUGGAUUUCCCUGCUAUGCAACAAGACUCACAAUCAUGUGGGGGAAGGCAUCACCAGUUGGCAGUGUCGUUCCCUCUGUACAGACCACCUUGUAUAUAGAAGCCUGUGGACUUCUUGGAGAAAUAGAGGUAUCAUCUAUUGCAUGGUUAUGCAUUUGAUGUUAUUGUGUAUUACUAGAAUAUGAAAAAGUGACAAUGUCCAUGUGCAAUAUUCUAUGUCUGUCUGUCUGUUUUUGGUUUCCUUUGCUUUCUUGCCAGGUGUCUUCGCUGUUCUUCCUCCCACUGACUCUUUGCUGUUGUUCUGUAUGGUUUUUACAGUGUAUGCAUGGCUGUUUUCCUUUGCCUGUCUUUAACCCCAUUGAUAGCCAUGUCUAUGUGCUUCCUUCAGAAUGCUCCAUCAAACCACCUCACCACCCCUCUCCUUGCCCUCUCCUUGCCCUCUCCUUGCCC